AUGGGAGGGCAUGUUGACAAUGAGAUGAACCAAAGGGGUGGUCCAUACGUUUUCAAACUCUGCAGACAGAAUUACCACCAAAUAAGAUCGUUACUUCCACCUGAAGGAAGGAAACCUCAGUUUGUGCAGCUUUAUAUUCAUGACACAGAGUAUGAAACCAGUCAUAGAUUAAAUUCUAUACGAGGUGAUACAGCCGAUGCUACCGUUGAUAGGGAAUUAGUACAAGAAUUGCAAUUGAUGUUUGAUGAGAACAAUGAAUUUGUUAAAAGUUUUCAUUCUGUUAGGAAACAUAUCCAUUGGAAUGAUAUUAGAGCGUAUAGAUUAUGUGAAGGGCAUACUCUGUUGAAAUCAGGUAGAUUAUUGCAGCAAUAUACUGUGGAUGCAUAUAUGGCUAUUGAAGAUGAAGGAUUUUGUUGGAUUAGAAACAAUCAGAAAAAAUUGAGGAGUGAUUUGUACAAUGGGCUGAUGGAUGCCAUUUCAAAGGUUGAUGUUAAUGCACAACAUUUAGGGAAAUCUGCGUUGCCCCUUCGUCUCACACUAGCAGUCUCCGGUAUCGUGUUCAGAAUUAUCAAGAUGCAAUGGUGA